AUGGAGUUGUACGGACACAGCCAGGCAGUCAAUGCGUUGCAAUCGGCUCAGCAGCAAACUGAAUGGAGUCCUACUGGACAGGAGACUGGUCUUGAAGAAUCGAUGUGGAGAUUGGGGCUUACCAGUACCGAACCUUAUCCUGAGCGACCAGGGGUUCCCAAUUGUGUUUACUAUAUGCGGACUGGUUUUUGUGGGUACGGUGGUAGGUGCCGCUACAAUCAUCCUCGUGAUCGCGCUGCGGUUGAGGCAGCUGUAAGAGCAACAGGGAUGUACCCAGAACGGGUGGGGGAGCCCCCAUGUCAGUUUUACUUGAAGACUGGAACCUGUAAAUUUGGUGCAUCUUGCAAGUUCCACCAUCCCAAGCAUAGAGGUGGAUCCUUGAGCAAUGUUACUCUAAAUACACAUGGAUACCCAAUAAGACCGGGUGAGAAUGAAUGCUCCUACUAUUUGAAAAUGGGGCACUGCAAAUUUGGUAUAACUUGUAAAUUCCAUCAUCCUCAGGCAGCUGCCACGUUGACAGCAUCUGCACCCCAAUUUUAUCAGCCGGUGCAGUCUCCUUCUAUUCAUGUAUCUGACCAGUUUGGAGCGACUUCUACCAACUUGAGUGUGAGGCCUCCAGUUCUUCCUGGUUCAUAUAUGCCAGGGACAUAUGGUCCUGUGUUGUUUUCGCCUGGAGUGGUACCUAUUCCUGGUUGGAGCCCUUACUCGGCACCUGUUAGCCCUGUGCUGUCUCCUGGUGCGCAAACUGCUGUUGGAGCAACUUCUCUGUAUGGAGUGACACAACUGUCUGCUACAGCACCUGUGCCUGCAAGAUCUUAUCCUUCCCUGCUGUCUUCUGUAGCCAUCUCUAGCAGUACCCAGAAGGAGCAAACGUUUCCGGAGAGACCUGCUGAACCUGAAUGUCAGUACUACCUAAGAACUGGGGAUUGUAAAUAUGGUUCAUCUUGUCGAUAUCAUCAUCCUCGUGAUCGUGUUGUACCCUCAACAGACAGUGUCCUCAACCCGCUUGGUCUGCCUUUGCGUCCGGGGGCUCAUCCUUGCAGUUUCUACUUGCAAAACGGUUACUGCAAAUUCGGUUCCACAUGCAAAUUUGAUCAUCCCGUGGUAGGAGCCGUGAGAUACAGUCCAUCUGCAGCUUCUUCUCUGGUUGAUGUGCCUGUUGCACCUUAUCUAGUUGGUUCUUUGCUGGCUACUCUGUCCCCUUCGUCCACUUCCUAUGAGCUGAGACCAGAACUGAUUUCUGGGCCCAGAAAGAUAGCAUAUUUGAGCCAGAGUCCUCCUGGAAACACAUCCAGCAGCUCUGUUGGUUUGAUCUUUUCUCAGACUGGAUCCGUCCCACUCCCACUUACUGAUCUGCAGCUAUCUGGUCAGGCAUCUCUUCCUUUCGCAAAUAACAGAAGCAUACGACAAGGAGUUGAAAUGCACCGUUCUAGUUAA